AUGGGUUCCUUGUUUCGAAGUGAGGAAAUGUGCAGAUGUCAGCUGUUCUUGCAGACUGAAGCUGCUUAUGCCUGCGUUGCGGAACUUGGCGAACUUGGACUUGUUCAAUUUCGUGACCUGAAUCCGAACGUUAACGUUUUCCAGCGUAAAUUUGUGAAUGAGGUUCGACGUUGCGAUGAAAUGGAGCGGAUGCUGCGGUUUCUUGAAAAAGAAAUCAAGAAGGAUCGCAUUCCUAUACUAGACACGGGCGAAAAUCCCGACGCACCUCAACCGAGAGAAAUGAUUGAUCUAGAGGCAACGUUUGAAAAAUUAGAUAACGAACUACGUGAAGUGAACACUAACGAAGAAAUGUUGAAAAGGAACUUUCUAGAACUUACUGAACUUAAACAUAUUUUGCGUAAAGCUCAGACGUUUUUUGAAGAGGCCCCUGAACCAUCAUCGCUGAUCGCGGAGGAUCGCGAACUUCUCAUACCUCAUGAAGAGCCGCUGAAAAGCGCCGCUUUGAAAAUAGGACAAUCGGUUGGCCUACGCCGUAGUGAAGGCAGAAGUAACACUUCUCGACUUUCGCUGGAGAUCAGAGUAUGUCACUUUCCACGUUACUCUUUCAAGCUGUCGCUAUUUUCAUUUGACAAGGUCGAUUUAAGGUUCGUCGCAGGCGUGAUCUUACGCGAACGGUUACCGUCUUUUGAACGUAUGUUAUGGAGGGCGUGUCGGGGUAACGUUUUUCUGAAACAAGCCGAUAUAGGUGAACCUCUUGAAGAUCCGAUCACGGGUGACUAUGUUCGUAAAUGCGUCGUCAUCAUAUUCUUUCAAGGGGAGCAGCUAAAAUCUCGUGUUAAGAAAAUUUGCGAAGGAUUUCGUGCGACUCUGUAUCCGUGUCCCGAGACGUCGCAGGAGCGCAGAGAAAUGGCUCUCGGUGUGAUGACUCGCAUCGAAGAUCUGAAAACGGUAGGCGAGACCACUGCUUAUCCAACGAAGGUUAGCACAUUGAUGGCGAACUUUCAGGUGUUGAGUCAGACCCAGGAUCAUCGCCAUCGUGUUCUGAUGGCCGCUUCCAAAAACAUUCGCAUCUGGUUCACGAAGGUGCGAAAAAUAAAGGCCGUCUAUCACACGUUGAACUUGUUCAACCUUGACGUGACGCAAAAAUGCCUAAUUGCCGAAUGCUGGUGCCCUGUCUCAGACCUGGAUAAAAUACAGCUGGCUCUGAAGCGCGGAACGGAAGAAAGUGGUAGCAGCAUUCCUUCGAUUUUAAACCGUAUGGAAUGUGCGGAACCUCCGCCAACGUAUAAUCGUACGAACAAAUUCACUUCUGGAUUCCAGGGCAUUGUCGAUGCAUACGGCGUUGCAAACUACAGAGAAGUGAACCCAACGCCUUAUACAAUUGUUACGUUCCCGUUUCUGUUUGCCGUCAUGUUCGGGGACAUGGGCCAUGGCUUGCUAAUGUUUUUCUUUGCGUUGUUUCUAGUCGUCAAGGAAAAACAGCUGGCGGCGAGGAAAAUUAGGGACGAGGUAAAACUGCGUUACAGUAAUUUCGAACAUCGGCGAAUACGGGCGCUCAUCUUCUUUCAGAUAUUCUCAAUCUUUUUUGGCGGUAGGUACAUCAUCCUGCUCAUGGGAAUAUUUUCGAUUUACACCGGCUUCGUCUAUAACGAAGUUUAUUCGAAGUCAAUAAAUGUUUUCGGUUCUAGUUGGAAAUCGCCAUUCUCUCCUAACGAACUUCCAAACGUGGACAAAAUUCAGUUGUCUCCAAAUGACACGAAGGCGUUCCUAGGACAUUCCUAUCCCUAUGGCUUUGAUCCAAUCUGGAGCUUGGCCGAAAACAAGUUGAACUUUUUGAAUUCUUUCAAGAUGAAGAUGUCGAUCAUCCUCGGAGUCGCUCAGAUGCUUUUUGGUGUACUUCUUAGUUUUGUCAACUUCAGAUUUUUCAAGAAACCACUGGACAUUUAUGGUGUUUUCAUCCCUGAACUACUCUUCAUGUCUUGCAUAUUCCUGUACCUGUGCAUUCUUAUAUGUUACAAAUGGGUAACAUUUUCCUGCUUUGAAACCUUCUUUCCGGGGCUGAACAGCACGUAUCCGGGCUCGCAGUGUGCACCAUCGCUCCUCAUUGGUCUGAUCGACAUGUUCAUGUUUGCCUCCAAUAGGCCGACUGGUUUCAAUGCUAGCGGAUGUCCGGCUGAUCCACUCUUCUACCCACACCAGGUUACGCUGUGUUGUUUGUAA